UCGAAUGUUACCUCGAUAUUGUAUGUUCCUGAAUUCUUCCAGAAGUUGGUGGUUCGGUGCUUGGGGCUUGUAGUUAAGUAUAAGCUGAGUCCUGAGUUCGCUCCAGCUGCUGAGCUUAAUGGCUAUAUAUUACCGCGAUACAAAUUCAAAGGAAAUUAGUCAGUAUACCUAUGGAAGUGGGAAUCGAUAUCGAAGGUCGUCAGAUCUAAAUCAGCCGAGUUCCGCAGCAACAGAAGAAUAUGAUUACGGGGACAUUACUGGCUAUGCUUAUACGGGUGCCCCUUCAUUGGCCCCUAGAUCCCAUUUCAUUUCUCCUGGAGAAUUUAACAACAAAUUAAUCUUCAAGGAUAAUUUUGCCUUAAUUUCGAAGAAAAACAAUAAAAAUGGUUAUGAUCAUCCCCAAAAGGAAUACACAUCCGAUUAUGAGGAACAUUCGGAGCGCCUGAAUUCUGUUACCGAUUUAUCAAAAAAUAAGAAAGAAAUAAAUUUUAAGGACAUAUCGGACAUCGCACUAACAACAUUAGCAUUUUUAUCGUUUGGAAUGUUUACACUACAAGUGCUUAUGUGCAUAGUUAUGAGUAAAGAAGAUGAACAAAGUAUAAUGAUGCUUCCUAUGGAAGUAACUGAGCCUUCUGAAACAAUUGAUGGGACUGAGGAAAUAAGAAGACGAAAACGAUCCGUGAAUAAAAAUAAAACAUUUAAACAGAUUAUCGACAUGUCGAGGCUUAUGCUCAUCUCAGUAGAAAAUGUAGCUUCAACUGGACAAACUUCAAUUUUGAAUGGACGGUACUUACCUUGCAAUAUUUCUACUGCAAUGGAACUAUCUUUUCAACAGAAGGCUUGGAUAUUAUUAAUUAUACUAGGAUCAACUGGAACUUCAUCUGCAAUUGCUGGAAACUACGUCUUGCUUUUAAAAAAUAUAUUUAAUGUAUUUAAAUCCUGCUUUGAAAAUUAUAGCAAGUUUUAA